AUGAACGCUUCCGACCCUGUCGACCUGGCCGAGGUGGCCAAGGCCAAGGCCCUCCAGCAUGAUGUGGAAGUGAAUGAGAAACAUCCGGAGCUUCAUGAUGACAUGGCCAUUGAGCCUGCGCCGGUCACGAGCAUCCCCACCGACGGCGAAGAUGAGACUCUGGAUAAGAUCUACCCUACCGAUGAGGAGCUCCAAACCCUGCGUCGUAUCUCGGGCAAUCUGCACUGGACCAUUUUCACCGUCGCUUUCGUCGAGCUGUGCGAGCGAUUCUCGUACUACGGAACGACCGCCGUGUUCGUCAACUAUAUUCAGCGUCCACUGCCUCCCGGUUCAACUACCGGUGCUCUGCCCCCGGGCAUGGAUGAUGGUGUGCCGGGUGCUCUGGGUAUGGGCCAGCGUGCCUCGACCGGUCUCACAUUGUUCAACCAGUUCUGGUCCUACCUGAUGCCCCUGGCGGGUGCUUACAUUGCGGAUCAAUACUGGGGACGUUUCCGUACCAUUCUCUCCGCGAUUGCCUGCUCUUUCGUCGGUCACGUCUUCCUCAUCAUCUCCGCCACCCCCAAGGUCAUUGCAUCCUCGGGUGGCUCCAUUGCGUGUUUCUGUAUCGGUCUGAUUGUCAUGGGUGUGGGUACCGGUGGUUUCAAGUCCAACAUCUCACCUCUGAUUGCAGAGCAAUAUCGGGACGACAAGCCCUAUGUCAAGACCCUUGCCAGUGGUGAGCGAGUCAUCGUCGACCCUGCGGCGACAGUGGCCCGCAUCUACAUGUACUUCUACCUGAUGAUCAACAUUGGCUCCCUGGCCGGUCAGCUGUCCAUGGUGUACGCCGAGCGGUACAUUGGAUUCUGGUUGUCCUUCCUCCUUCCGACCAUCAUGUUCUGCUUCUGCCCCCUCGUCCUGUUCGCCUGCCGCAAGAAGUACCGCCUGAGUCCCCCUACCGGUUCCACCUACAGCCAGGCCUUCCGUCUGUGGGGUCUGGCUUUGCAGGGCCGCUGGUCCAUGAAUCCUAUCCGGCUCUUCAAGACGACUCCGGCUCAGUACCAGGACUGGAACCACGUGAAGCCCUCCACCCUGGGCGCCAACAAGCCUGCCUGGAUGACUUUCGAUGAUGCUUGGGUUGAUGAGGUCUACCGUGGUCUCAAGGCCUGCAAGGUGUUCCUGUGGUACCCCCUCUACUGGCUGGCCUACAACCAGAUGUUGAACAACCUGACCUCCCAGGCUGCCACCAUGACCCUGAACGGUGUCCCCAACGAUGUGAUCAACAACUUCAACCCCUUUGCCCUGAUCAUCUUCAUCCCCAUCUUCGACCGCCUGGUCUACCCCGGUCUUCGUCGCAUGGGCUUCAACUUUACCCCCAUCAAGCGUAUCACUGCUGGUUUCGCCCUGGCCGGUGCCGGUAUGAUCGUGGCCGCCGUCACCCAGUACUACAUCUACAAGACUGGCGACUGUGGCAAGGACGCCAACCGCUGUUUGGAGGAAUUCAACAAGCAAAGCCCCAUCUCCGUCUGGGUGCAGGUGCUGACCUACGUGCUGGGUGGUAUUUCCGAGAUUCUGGCGUCCGUCACCUCGCUCGAGUACGCCUACACCAAGGCCCCCCGCAACAUGCGAUCGCUGGUCCAGGCGGUGUCGCUGUUCAUGAACGCCAUCUCCGCUGCGCUCGGCCAGGCUCUGGUCAGUCUGUCUGCCGACCCGCUCUUGGAGUGGAACUAUGCCAUCACGGCUAUCCUGGCAUACGUGGGCUGCGUGGGCUUCUGGCUGUGCAACCGUAAGAUCGAUGCCGAGGAGGACAAGCUGAACAUGUUGCCCGAGAGUAACUUUGAGGGUCGUGGCCAGGCUGAUGAUGUUGAGGCCAAGAAAUAA